CGCGCGCGGGCGGGACGAUGUGGAGCCGCCUCGCCGUCGUGGGCGGCGGGGCUGGGGGCUGCAGCCGCCUCGCCGGCGGGGGCCACCUCGCCGCCCGGCUCCUCACGGGGCCGCCGAGGGGCGGGCAGGCGGCGGGCGCGGCGCGACAGGAGCGGCGGCCUCGCAGCAAAGUACAGAAACUCUUUAGCACUAGCACUGUCCUGUUUACAAAAGAAGAUGGAUCGACUGCUUCUACAGACAGCACCACCAAAACGGCAUCAAAGAGUCAGGAGGAUUCAGCAGAAACACCAAAGCAGAAGUUAUUAAACAUUAUUGGUAACAUGAAAGUAGAAGUGAGCUCCAAGAAGAAAUUCCAGCAAUUAAAAACACAUGAGACCAAAAAGCAAGCUGUGAAGCAGCUGGAAGGCCUGGACAGUAAAAGCAGUAUCUCUCCAAAAACUACAGAAGACAUCCAGCGAGGCAAGCCUUUACAUCGAGAAUUAGUGGAGGCUGCUUCUGCAGUUGCAUCUUCUUUACCGCUCAACAAGGAACAGACAGAAUCUGAUCUACUUGCACAACUAAGAAGACAUGAAGAAAUUACAGAUAAACAGAAGAAGGGGGGAACUAUUAACAUACGCAACGUUAUUUCAGACAUGACAGUUAAGAGAGAGUCCCCAGCUCAGAGAGGUGUGAGGCUUUCCAAUCUCAUUUCUUUGGAGCUGGAAGAGGAUGGUAGAAGAAUCAAGCCUGAAAGACUCGUGUCUUCUGAUUCCAGAAGGAGUCUCAAAGUAGGAAAGAGACUUAAUAUUUUCACUAAGACUUCUCCAGAUACAGAAAAGGCACUGAAAACAGAAUCUUCACCAACAAUUUGGGAUGUAGAAUUUGCUAAGGAGAUUGUGGCAGUAACUGAGCAGCCUCCCCGAAAUGGUUUUGAGGAAAUGAUCCAGUGGACAAAAGAAGGAAUACUGUGGGAGUUCCCAAUUGACAAUGAAGCUGGGAUGGAGGAUGAUGCCGAAUUUCAUGAACAUAUUUUUCUAGAGAAACACCUAGAAGACUUCCCCAAGCAAGGACCUAUUCGCCACUUCAUGGAGCUUGUAAUCUGUGGGCUUUCUAAAAACCCAUACCUAACUGUUAAACAGAAGAUCGAACAUAUUGAGUGGUUUCAGAAGUAUUUUGAGGAAAAGAAGGAACUUCUUCAAGAGAUUUGAGAUUUGGAAAAGCCUAACCUUGAAAUGAAGAAUUUAUUAAGUCAAAAUUGAUAACUUCUUAAUAAAAGGAAAUACUAUCAGAGCAUAGUAAGCAUGUGACUUAAAUCGUUGUAUUUUUUUAAUAUUAAAAUGCUUGAAAUGUGUUUUCAUGUGUGUGUGUGUGUCUCCAUGUGUAUAGAUACUUUUUUUAACAGCAAAAGAAGGGACUGAAAGUUGUAGAUCUUGUAGAUUGUGCAUCUAAAACUUUAGUUUGUAUAUUGAAGUCUUGUCAGUUAAACUUGAUGUUAAUCUUUGACCAUCUAGAAUAACUAGGAAGUGGAAUCAGACUUAAUAUUUCUUUCGUUUGGUGUAUGUUGUACUGUUUCACUGGGACUAACAUUGGCACAGUUAACGGAUUUGUUCAUCUUUCCCUUUAAGAUUUGUAAUGCUUUCACUUUAAAAAAAUUAGCUAAACUAGUGCUGUAUCAGGAGUUUUUAAAAGACUUGCUGAGAUAGUAUUUCAUUUUGCUUAUUCAUUAAAUACACUAGUGUAUAUUAAUUUGGAA